UAAACGUGAGACGGCCCAUGUUAAUAAUCAAAAGUGAAAGACAGGAUUGGUGACGUUCUAAAGGGUUGAUCAAAGUUUUUCAGGUAGUGAUUCGUGAUUUUUUAAGUCGUUUUUUCCAUUUUGCUUUCUGGGGUUGGGUGUUUGGAAAUUGCUCAGUGCUCUGUUUUUCCGGUUGGCUUUUCCCGCUCGUUUGGCUAAUACCGUCACCGCUAGAUCCUCGGUCGAGAUAAAGUUUCGAAAAUCUGGGCCGGAAAAAUAGUUUUCACCUGAGCCCUCCCCCCAGUCUUGGACGGAUUUAGAAUCCUUUCACACCCCUCGAGCCGUUGCGGGGUUUUUCCAGCCGGGACGUAACCCCUUGGGCCCUUUCCCCGACCACCCCCCUGGUCGAAAAACGGAAACAAAGCCCCAAAUUGGGAAAGUGGCAAUUUCCCCCCGGUGGACGGAAAUUUUCUCACACGGCUCGAACAAAUUAAUCCGGCCCGGUUUCCGAAGGGUUUCGGGGCAGAAAGUACAAAUUUUCCCCGAGAUUGUCGUAGUUAGUAGUUUUGUGAGGGAACACGACGAGGCUGCGCGGACCAGAAAGAUACCCGUGGGUGAUUAAAACGGAACGCCAAAUCACGUGAUGUUUCCCAUUAUAAAAAGCAGACCGAAACAAACACCGAUAUUAAUCAAAGCAAUUAGACACCAGAAAUGAUGGAGCUCUCCUCGGGGGCGGAGAGGACCUGGUACACGCCCGCGGAGCCUCUCAGGUCCGACGAACAGGGCGACGUCGGCAUCCUCGAGACACCCCAGUACCACGGCGUACCGGCACCGUACUACCACCACAUACCACACUACGCGCCCCAACAAAACAGUUCCAGUCGGUGCAUGAGCCACAACCCCCUUCACCCCUGGCUGAGCAGCAAAAGGCACGAGGGAGGCUGGGGCGAGUCCAAGUCACCCCUGCAGGCCGCCGGCUCGGCCGGGGCCGGGGGUGCAGCCCCGUUCACCUUCCCCCCGACGCCCCCGACGGACGGGGUGCCGGAGCAGACAGGUCACGAGUACAACAUGGCCGUCUUCCUCCACCCGGACUCCUCGUCCGCCGGGGUGCCGGACAUGAAGCCGGUCAUCUCCUCCCAACAAAAGCCCAGGGAAGCAGGUCACGGCUACUACAACCAGGAGUACAACCACUUCAAUUCCUACCACCAACUGAUGUUCUCGGAAAAGCAAUAUUCGAGUAAAGAACCCUCACAAGCGUCCACGUCACAGAAUCGUGCCAAGUCGAGGACGAGCGCCGAAGGACGGGAGUGCGUCAACUGCGGGGCCACCUCGACGCCCCUGUGGAGGCGGGACGGCACGGGCCACUACCUCUGCAACGCCUGCGGACUCUACUAUAAGAUGAACGGUCAGAACCGGCCGUUGAUCAAACCCAAAAGAAGACUGUCGCUCCAGUCGGCUGCGCGGCGUGCCGGUACGAGCUGCGCGAACUGCAAGACGACGACGACGACGCUAUGGAGGCGAAACCAGAACGGCGAGCCUGUCUGCAACGCCUGCGGCCUCUACUACAAGCUGCACAACGUGAACCGACCGCUCACGAUGAAGAAAGAAGGCAUACAGACUCGCAACCGCAAGCUUAGCUCCAAGUCGAAAAAGAAGAAGGGCUCCGUCGGCGGGCCCGGUUGCCUUUCCCUCUCCGGCGUCAUGUCGGACAUGAUGAAGCCUCUGGACGGGGUCACGCCGUCGACCGGAUGCUACCAGCAGAGCCCCGUCGUUCACGGCCACCACGCCGGCUGGUACCAACACCAGCAGGGUAUCCACCAACACGGGAUCCAUCCCUUGAUCUCAUUACCACACACCUCCUCACAUUUGGCGUCGACAUGGCGCGGGGACUACAGUUGGCCCGACAAAUACAACAAUUAGAA